AUGAAUCAUUACCAACAUAGUCAAAUUAAUAAUUUCCUAGGCCCUAUGUUGCAGCGCGACUUCAUUUCGGUCUUACCUGCACGCGGAUUAGUUCAUAUCGCAGAAAAUAUUUUAGGUUACUUGGAUGCUAAAUCUCUUUGUGCUGCUGAACGAGUUUGCAAGGAUUGGUAUCACACUAUUGAUAGCUGUAUGCUUUGGAAAAAAUUGAUUAUGUAUAAAGUUCAUACUGAUAACUUAUGGAAAGGAUUAUCUGAGCGACGAGCAUGUGAUCGUGGCUCCGCUAGUCACGCCGACAGUUCCUACUAUAGAAAUCUUUACCGACAAUUUAUUCAGGAUAUCAAGACAAUUGAUACCAACUGGAGAUGUGGCCGGUUUUCAUUACGUAGAAUUGAUUGUAAAAGCGAAAACAGCAAAGGUGUUUAUUGUCUACAGUACGAUGACAGAAAAAUUGUUAGUGGAUUACGAGAUAAUACUAUUAAGAUUUGGGAUUACAAUACUCUAGAGUGUACACAGAUUUUAUAUGGACAUUGUGGUUCGGUUCUCUGCUUGCAAUAUGAUGAAAACGUUAUUGUUUCAGGGAGUAGUGAUUCGACAGUAAGGGUGUGGGAUGUUAAUACUGGUGAAAAUAAAAAUGUAUUAAACCAGCAUCAAGAAGCGGUAUUACAUUUGCGCUUUCAUGCUGGUAUGAUGGUAACGUGUUCUAAGGAUCGUAAUAUUGCUGUUUGGGAUAUGAAAUCUCCUACGGAAAUUAAUUUACGAAAAGUAUUAGUUGGUCAUCGAGCUGCUGUUAAUGUUGUUGAUUUUGAUGAGCGCUACAUUGUUUCUGCUUCUGGUGACAGAACAAUUAAGGUCUGGAAUACUAGCAAUUGUGAAUUUGUCCGAACCCUAAGUGGCCAUCGACGUGGUAUUGCUUGCUUACAAUACCAUGGUCAGUUAGUUGUGAGCGGAUCAUCGGAUAAUACGAUAAGAUUGUGGGACAUUGACAGUGGUGCAUGCUUAAGAAUACUAGAAGGUCAUGAAGAAUUGGUUAGAUGUAUUCGAUUUGAUGAUAAGCGUAUCGUUAGUGGAGCAUAUGAUGGCAAAAUCAAAGUGUGGGAUAUAAAAGCUGCUCUUGACGUGCGAUCCCCUACGGCUACACUUUGUUUAAGAACCUUAGUGAAACAUACCGGUAGAGUAUUCAGACUACAAUUUGAUGAAUUUCAAAUAGUAAGUAGCUCUCAUGAUGACACAAUCCUCAUUUGGGACUUCUUGGACGGGAACCAAAAUGUAUCUCCGCACAAACGACCUCAAACCUCACGUACUUAUACAUAUGUUGUUAAUAAAUAA